AUGAUUGAUCUGUGUCAGUGGAGAGCUAGAAUAGGUUCUUGGAGCUGUUCCCAGUGGUCACAACCCCGUGGCUGUGCUGCUAGUAGCAUCUACUGUAAAGCCAGUGGAACAUCUAGUUCCAGAUCUACACUCGUUUUAUCUUUUUUCAUCUUGAUUUUCAUAUGUUUCAUUUUGAUCACUCUCCUCUUCAUAUCAGGAGAUGUGGAACUUAAUCCUGGACCCACUCUUACAGACCAACCAACAAAAGAUGAGUUGGUUGAGUUACUAAGUAGCUCAAAGUUCACUGCUGGUACUUGGGAACAGUUUGUCUGUUAUCUUCCAAACAUAACACAAGAAGUCAUUGUUGGUAUUAGGCAGAAUGUGGAGGAGAAUGAGGUCAGUCCUAACGGCAUCGAUGCUGUAGCUCAACAUUGUCAAAAUAUUCCUGAUAUAACAUGGAGAAGUAUCUGUAUUGCUUUACUGAGUUCCAAUGAAGUUACUUUAGCUCAACAAAUCUUUGAAAAGCAUUCUAGAACAAGUAAAAGCACAUGCAAAACAAUAAAGGAUGUAAUGAGAAGUCACUAUUGCAAGUUGAAGGAAGCCACAGAGAAUUGCCUCCAAAAAAUAGCUGACAAAAUGUACAGUGAAGGCCUAAUUAAUAGAGAAGUUCGAAAUAUGCCUACCUUUGAAAAAAUAGAACUUGAUUUUUUGUCACUGAUUUCUGUGCACACAGAAGAUGUUUCUAUGCUUGAAGAAAAAUGCCAAUUAUUUUUAUCAUGCCUUGCCAUUACAGAAGGACCAGCUAGAGAUGAAGCAAUUGCUCUUGCUGAAGAUUGGCAACAGGAGGUGUUCAAAGACCAUCAUGUAUCAUUUACACUACUGAUACACCAAAAAACGAAACAUUUAUCUGCUACAGAAAUUGAGUUAAGCUCAGAUCAUACAAUAUCUUUACAACUUCAGGAUCUUCUUAAGAAGUUUCCAGGACUAGUGAGAGAUAUUAGAAAGUUUUAUGCAACCAGUAAAGAAUAUGACAUGAUUGAUGUUGCUCGCUGGAUAGAAGAAAGUUACGAAGUGACUGGUCUUGUUCGUGAUCGCAUGACAGUUGAUGAAAUUUUUAAUGUUCUGCAACCUCAUUAUAACUUUUUGUGUAUUGAUCUGUUAUCUGAUCUUAUGGAAGAGUACCCUAUCAAUGAUCAGAAUGUAUUGUUAAAGUAUCAUCAAUAUACCGAAUUUUUAGAAAGUUUUACCGAUUCUGCUAAGAUAAGUCAAGUAAUGACUAGUAUUGAAGCAGCAUUGACUGAAGAAGGUUCUAAAACUGAUCCUAAAGUUAUUCUGAAGCUUUCGGGAAAAUGGACAGAAAGAACCAUAAAAAAUCUCCAGAAAAUGAUGGAAUACUUUUUCCCUGAAGAAUCGAAGUAUCUUACAAUUAAAAAAAUACGAACAGGAUCGAUAGAGAUUCAUUUUUUGGCUGCAUCUUAUAAAGUCAUUUGUUCUCUUAUUGUUAAAGCACAAGACAAAGUUCAGCUCAUGAGUUAUUUUGGUAUAUUUCAACUUAUAAUUAACAAUGAAACCAUCAUUAAUGAAGUUGAAGAUGUUAACUUCAGUUUUGAUGAAUCGCUUCUACACGUUAUCAGUACUAUUGACCAAGAUGAAGAGUGUAACAAAGUAGCAUUACUACUUCUGCAAUUUGACACAAAUGCUAAUUAUCGAAACAGUUCAGGGAACACUGCAUUAAUACUUGCUUCCAGUGGUAGACAUUGCCAAGUUGUGGAUGAGAUCCUGCUAUGUAAGAGCCCAGAUAUCAAUAUUCAAAAUAAUAAAGGAGUCAAUGCUUUGAUGAUUGCUUCUUAUUAUGGAAAUGCCCAAAUUGUUGAGCUCUUGCUGAGAAAUGGUCCUGAUAUUAAUGCCCGUGAUUUGGAAGGAUGGACUGCUUUAAUGUUUGCCUGUCAAGAUGGAUAUAGUGACAUUGUUGAACUUUUACUUAGUAAUAAUCCAGAUAUUGAUAUUCAAGACAAUAAAGGGGAAACAGCACUGUUUAUUGCUUGUGAUAAUGGACAUUGCCAAGUUGUUGAAAUUUUACUUUGUGCAAAUCCUGAUAUUAACAUUGGUACUGAUGAUGGAUGGACAGCUUUGAUGUUAAGUUGUUGUAAAGGUUAUCAUAUAAUCGUGGACCUCUUACUUAGAAGAAAUGCUAAUACCAGUAUUGAAGAUAAAGAAGGAUGGAAUGCUUUUAGUCUUGCUUGUUAUUAUGGACAUUACCAGAUCGUAAAAGUCUUACUCAGUAAUGUUAGAGCUAUUGAUGAUCAAGAUAACAAAAAAUGUAAUAUUCUUAUAAAUGCUGAGAGCAAAGAUGGAUGGAAUUCUUUGAUGCUUUCUUGCCUUAAAGGGCAUUAUGAAGUUGUUGAACUCCUACUGGAUACUGGUCCAGAUAUUAACAUUCAAGUUAAAGUGAAGGGUUGGACUGCUUUGAUGAUUGCCUGUGCCAAUGGGCACUAUCAGGUUGUUAACCUUUUAUUAAGUAAGCAUCCAAAUAUUAACACACAAGACAGAUAUGGAUGGACUGCUUUGAUGCUUGCUUGCAAGAUUGGUCAUUUCAACAUUGUUGAACUUCUGCUAAAUGAAGAUAUUGAUCUUAGCAUCAAGCACAAUGAUGGAAGGACGGCACUUGCAAUUGUCUUACAAAAAGGCUAUGAAACACCAAAUUAUUUGAAUAUUUUGGAACAAUUACUCCAUAGUCAUCCUAAUCACAUGCACCAAAUCAAAAAUGUCACUAUUCAUUCAGUAGUACUAGCAGCUAUUAAUUGUAAUCCUGAUGCUGUGAAGAUCAUCAUGGAGAACUGUGAAGUCUCCCUGGAGGAUUACACACAUGCUUUUGUUGCUGCUUGUUAUAAUGGUGGCUCUUCAGUGAUGAUUUUGUUAUCAGACAAAAUCACAAGUUCAAGUAAUGAGAGAGAGCUAUUAAUAGCUGCUGUGGAAGGAGAUUUAGGGUUAUUAGUUAGUAUGUUAUUUGAAGUGGGCAUGAGUCCAGAUACUCCACUAGCAGGUGGUAUAACUCCAUUGAUGAUAGCAGCUUCAUGUGGACAUAUUGAAAUUGUCGAGACACUGGUACAAGCUGGGGCUGAUGUUAACAAAACUAAUGAUAAGGGUUUAACUGUACUAGACAUACUGCUUAACAAGGAAGAAAAAUUUCUCACAAAUUCUAUUGUAAGCUUAUUAAUUUCAAUAACAGAAAAAGCAAAACCAUUUUCUGCUACUCGACCUCAACCCAUAUCUGCACCAAAAGGCAAUAUAUCCAGUAAUAUCAGUUUAAUACGAUCAAUAGCUGUUUCUGAAGAAAAUCCAAUUCAAUUCCAUUCAGAGUUAUUAAUGAGCGGAGCACAUAGGAAAUCGGAGGAUGGGAAUGAAGACAUGGCUGAAGAUACACAGAAUACUAGACAGUUGACUUAUCCAUGCAACAAAUGUGCUCAACUUAUUAUCCAGUCUCGUAUGAAUCAUGUCCAUUACAUGAACAAGUGGCAGUGUGAUGGCUCAGAGACCACUUACUCUCAAAAGCUAUUGAGUGAAGCUGGGAUAUCAUGCAGAGAGCAUCUUCCAAUGAAAGACAUUGAGAUGGAUUUUAGAAGAAUGGAUCCUGCUCUCUUUGAUGGGUCGAGUGCUUUGUCAAAAAUCAAAACUAUAGUAGCAGGCUCCUCCCACCAGUCCAUAUCUAAACUUUCAUUGUUACGAGGCAUUGUUAUGAUUGAUCUGUGUCAGUGGAGAGCUAGAAUAGGUUCCUGGGGCUGUUGCCAGUGGUCAAAAUCUUGUGACUAUCCUACUGGUACAACCAAAGAAACCAGCGGAACAUCGUGUAGAUCUACUUCGGCAUAUACACUCAUUUUAUCUAUUUUCAUUCUGAUUGCUCUCCUCCUCUUUAUAUCAGGAGAUGUGGAACUUAAUCCUGGACCCACUCUUACAGAUAAACUAACAAAAGAUGAGUUGGUUGAGUUAUUGGGUAGCUCAAAGUUUACUGCUGGUACUUGGGAACAGUUUGUCUGUUAUCUUCCUAACGUGACACAAGAUGUCAUUGUUGGUAUUAAGCAGAGCAUGGAGGAGAAUGAGGCCAGACCUUCUAAUUACAUUGAUGCUGUAGCUCAAUACUGCCAUAGUAAUCCUCAUAUAACAUGGAGAAAUAUCUGUAUUGCUCUAUUGAGUUCCAAUGAAGUUACUUUAGCACGACAAAUCUUUGAAAAACAUUCUAGAACAAGUAAAAGCACAUGUAAAACGAUAAAGGAUGUAUUGAGAAGUCGCUAUUGCACAUUAAAAGAAGCCACAGAGAAUUGCCUCCAAAAAGUAGCUGACAAAAUGUACAGUGAAGGCCUAAUUAAUAGAGAUGUUCGCAACAUGCCUACCUUUGAAAAAAUAGAACUUGAUUUUUUGUCUCUGAUUUCUGUGCACACAGAAGAUGUUUUUAUGCUCGAAGAAAAAUGUCAAUUAUUUUUAUCGUGUCUUGCUAUUGCAGAAGGACCAGCUAGAGAGGAAGCACUUGCUCUUGCUGAAGAUUGGCAACAGGAGGUGUUCAAAAGCCAUCAUGUAUCAUUUAAACUGCUGUUACACAAGAAAAUGAAACUUUCAUUUGCUACAGAAAUUGAAUUCAGCUCUGAUCAUGCAAUAUCCUUACAGUUUCAGAAUCUCCUCAAGAAGUUUCCAGGACUAGUGAGAGAUAUUAGAAAGUUUUAUGCAAACAGUAAAGAAUAUGAUGUGAUUGAUGUUGCUCGCUGGAUAGAAGAAAGUUACGAAGUGACUGGUCUUGUUUGUGAUGGUACAACAGUUGACCAAAUUUUUAAUGUUCUGCAACCUCAUUAUAACUUCUUGUGCAUUGAUCCGUUAUCUGAUCUUAUGGAAGAGUACCCUAUCAGUGAUCAGAAUGUGUUGUUAAAGUAUCAUGAGUAUACUGAAUGUUUAGAAAGUUUUACAGAUUCUGCUAAGAUUAGUGAAGUAAUGACUAGUAUUGAAGCUGCAUUGACUGAAGAGGGCUCUAAAAUUGAUCCUAAAGUUGUUUUGAAGCUUUCGGGAAAGUGGACAGAUAGAACCAUAAGAAACCUUCGAAAAUUGAUGGAAUACUUUUUUCGUGAUGAAGCAAAAUACCUUACAAUUAAAAUGAUAUUAAAAGGAUCUAUUGAAAUUCAUUUUUUGGCUGCUUCUUAUAAAGUCAUUUGUUCUCUAAUUGCCAAAGCACAAGAUAAAGCUCAGUUCAUGCGUCAUUUUGGUAUAUUUAAACUUGCCAUUAACUAUCACACUGUCAUAGAUGAGGUUGAAGACUAUGCUAACUUUUGUUUUGAGGAUUCACUUCUACAUGCCAUUGGUAAUAUUGACCAAGAUGAAGAAUAUGAAAAAAUAGUCUUACUACUUUUGCAGUUUAAUUUGAAUAUUAAUUAUCAAAACAGUUCAGGAUUCACUGCAUUAAUGAUUGCUUCUGAAAUUAAACAUCUCCAGGUUGUGGACCUCUUGUUGAGUAAGAGCCCAGAUAUUAACAUUCAAAAUAGUAAAGGAAUUACUGCUUUGAUGAUUGCUUCUCGUUUUGGUAGCUCUCAAAUUGUUGAGCUUUUGCUGAGAAAAGGUCUCAAUAUUAAUGUUCAAGAAUAUAAAGGAUGGACUGCCUUGAUGUUUGCUUGUCAAGAUGGUUGCUAUGAUGUGGUUGAACUGUUACUGAGUAAAAAUCCAGAUGUUGAUGUUCAAAGUAGUAAUGGAGAAACUUCACUGAUGGUUGCUUGUAAUAAUGGACACAGCCAAGUUGCUGAACUUUUACUUAGUAAAAAUCCAGAUGUUAGCGUUGCUACAAAUUAUGGCUGGACGGCAUUGAUGUUGAGUUGUUGUAAAGGUUAUCACAUAAUUGUGGACCUAUUGCUUAGGAGGAAUGCUGAUAUUAGUAUUAAAGACCAAGAAGAAUGGAAUGCUCUUAAUCUUGCUUGUUAUCAUGGGCAUUACCAGGUCGUUGAGGUGUUACUCAGUAACAUGAGAGCUAUUGAUGAUCAAGAUAACAAUGGAUGCAAUAUUCUUAUGAACACUCAGACCCAAGAUGGAUGGACUUCUUUGAUGCUUGCUUGUCAUGGUGGACAUCAUCAAAUUGUGGAGCUUCUACUAAAUGCUGACCCAGAUAUCAACAUUUCAGAAAAUGUAAGGGGGUGGACUGCUUUGAUGAUUGCUUGUACCAAUGGGCACUAUGAGGUUGUUAACCUUUUAUUGAAAAAACAACCAAAUAUUAACAAGCAAGAUAGAGAUGGAUGGACUGCUUUGAUGCUUGCUUCCAACAAUGGUCAUUUUAGUGUUGUUGAACUUCUGCUAAAUGAAGAAAUUGAUAUUAGUAUUAAGCACAAUGAUGGAAGGACAGCACUUGCAUUUGUGUUACAAAAAGGCUAUAAAACACCAAAUUAUUUGAAUAUUAUGGAACGAUUACUUGAUAUUCAUCCUAGUCACAUGCACCAAAUCAAAAAUGUCACUGUUCAUUCAGUAGUACUAGCAGCUAUUUAUUGUAACCCUGAUGCUGUAGAGAUCAUCAUGAAGAAAUGUGAAGUCUCUCAGGAGUGUUACACACAUGCUUUUGUUGCAGCUUGUUAUAGUGGUGGCUCUUCAGUGAUGAUGUUAUUAUCAGACAAAAUAAUAAGUUCAAGUAGUGAAAGAGAGCUAUUAUUAGCUGCUGCUGGAGGAGAUUUAGGAUUAUUAGUUAGUAUUUUAUUUGAAGUUGGAAUGAGUCCAGAUACUCCAUUAGCAGGUGGUAUAACUCCAUUGAUGAUAGCAGCUUCAUGUGAACACAUUGAAAUUGUCGAGACACUGAUACAAGCUGGUGCUGAUGUUAGCAGAAUUGAUGAUAAUGGUUUAAAUGUACUAGACAUACUGCUUAUCAAGGAGGAGAGUUUUCUCCCAACUGCUAUUGUAGACUUGAUAAUUUCUACUAACAGACCAAUUUCUGCUACUCAACCUCAACCUGUAUCUGCUUCAAAAAGUGAUAUAUCAAGAAAUAUCAAUUUGAUACGAUCAAUAACUUACCCUGAAGAAAAUCCAGUUCAGUUCCGUUCAGAAUUAUUAAUGAGUGCAGCAUACAGGAAAUCAGAUAAUGGAGAUGAAGAUACUGCUGAAGAUACACAGAACAUUAGACACAAUUACUGAGAGCAUAAAAUUUUUAGUUUUAAUUUUGUGAUUAAUAACCUUUUUAGAAUACUAUUUUUAAUUGAG